GCGGAAGAAGGGAAGGUGAAAGUCGAUGCCAGUAGUAGCUACAGCAGUUAAUGCGAAAAACUGAAGCAUGCCACGCCUGACCGACCCCCUUCUCGCCUAAUGUCCGUGCCCCGACUGCGUCUCCGCCCCGACUCACCCGCAGCCUGUCUCUGCUCGGCGGCGGCCGUCUCGACUGCGGGAGAGGGGAGCGCCCCUUCGCCGAUCUGAUCGGGAGCUGCAGGCCAAACGGCGAGGCGAGCCCAUCAGGAACCACCAUGGCAGCGGCAGCCGCCGACUCCGAUCCCGCCGCAGCUGUGGCCGACAUGUCCACCUGCGCCCAUUGUCAACGAGAGAUCCCUUCUUCGAACAUCGACUUGCAUUCUGUACAUUGUGCCCGUAACCUCCAAAAGUGCCAGCACUGUGGAGAAAUGAUUCCUAGGAAACUUAUGGAUGAACACUAUGAUGCAAACCAUGCCCCGAUCAGUUGCUCUCUUUGCAAAGAAACAAUAGAACGUGUGAGGUGGGAUCUUCAUAAAGGCGAAAAGUGCCCACAAAGAAUCGUCGCUUGUGAAUAUUGCGAGUUUGAAUUGCCUGCAGUUGAUCUCCAUGAGCAUCAGGAUGUAUGUGGAAACCGAACAGAACUUUGCCAAACAUGCAGGAAGUAUAUUAGAUUGUGUGAAUGGAUAGGGCACGAAAUACAGUGCCAUACAAGCUCAAAUGGUUCUGCAGACACAUCCAGUGCCAGAGCAAUUCCAGAGAGAGAGCUACGACCGCCGCCGCCGGUGCGGCCGGCACGACCAGCACGUCCUGCUCAUGCUUCACCACACAAGCGGCUCCUCUUCACAAUCGCUGUCACUGGAAUAGCAGUUAUGGUUGGCUCCAUACUGUUCCAAAGGGACGAGAGUUUCUAGCUCCAGUGGCCAUGGACUUACUCUGUAUGUCAUGUUGUUUCUUGACCGGGAGAGUCAUGCCACAGGAGGUGUAUUUAUGUAUAAUAACUCCUCGAAUCAGUGCAUAAAUCGAGUUUGUUUGAGAGCAUAGCCCCAGGCGUGGGUUUGUGGAAAAUGCAAAGUAACCGUGGAUAAAUGCGUUCGCCCUUGGCAGUUCUGGAACUUCUGUUUGUUCUGACAUCGGACUUGCAUUUGUUCGUCUGUAAAGUCGAGAUGAGUUAUACAAUCGGGGUAUCAUAUCUGGAAAGCGACACGAUGCAGCAGUUGUUAAUAGUUUGGUUUA